AUGUUUAUCUUUUUAAUUUCUUCGCAGGUGCUUGAAUCCCUCAUACUCAUCAACAAUAAGCUUCAGCAAAAGGAAGCUGCUGAAGGCCUACUCACCACCUACCGCAACGCCAGCAAUGAGUUCAAAGUACAAGGUCGUUGGUACGAAAAACUGCACAAUUGGGAGCAAGCCCUUAAACACUAUUCCGGCAAUCUAAAAGAUAAUUGCAACGAUCUGGAAGCUCGGCUGGGUCAUAUGCGAUGUCUGGAAGCGUUGGGCGAGUGGUCGGAGCUAAGUACUCUCGCAAAACAGGAAUGGGACAAUUUGGGCCGUGAGGCCAGAUCUCGCGCAGGUCCGUUGGCUGCUGUCGCCGCCUGGGGCCUCCAAGAUUGGGAGGCCAUGCAAGAGUAUGUACGCUGCAUUCCGGAAGAGACACAAGACGGCAGCUUCUAUCGUGCAGUGCUCGCCGUGCACAAUGAGGACUUUGAGACGGCGCAGCGUCUAAUUGAUGGCACACGUGAUCUGCUCGACUCGGAACUCACAUCCAUGGCUGGUGAGUCGUAUGAACGUGCCUAUGGCGCUAUGGUUUGUGUGCAGAUGUUGGCCGAAUUGGAAGAAGUAAUACAAUACAAGCUCAUACCCGAACGGCGUGAACCGCUGAAGGGCAUGUGGUGGAAGCGUUUGCAAGGUGGCCAGCGUUUGGUUGAAGAUUGGCGCCGCAUCAUACAGGUACACUCGUUGGUUGUGCGCCCGCAGGAAGACGUGCACACUUGGUUGAAAUAUGCCAGUCUGUGUCGCAAAUCGGGUUCGCUCCAUUUGUCGCACAAGACACUGGUAAUGCUACUGGGCACAGAUCCAUUGGCACAACCGAAUGAGCCACUGCCUUACAAUCAGCCACAGGUCACUUAUGCCUACACGUAGCACAUGGCUGCCGCCGAGAAUAUGCAGGGUGCCUACGAACAGCUCAGCCGCUUUGUAAAUGCUUAUCGUGCACAAUUGAAUUGUAUCGGCCCCGAGGAGGCGACCAAACAGGCGGAUCAUCGCUUGCUAGCGCGCUGCUAUCUGCGGCUGGGCAAGUGGCAGAACAAGUUGCAGAGUUCGCUGGAGCCUGAAAUGGUGCAGGGUGCUUUGGACUGCUUCGAGAAGGCGACUGAGAAUGAUCCCACCUGCUACAAGGCGUGGCAUAUAUGGGCAUACAUGAACUUCAAGGUGGUGCAAGCGCAGAAGCAGCAGCUCGAUAAGCUGGCGCAUACGACUGUGAACGGCGACGUACUGCUGCAGAAGGAGAAGCUGAUGAUCGAACAGUAUGCCGUUCAGGCGGUAGACGGCUUCUUCCGCUCCAUCAGCCUCAUCAAAGGCAAUUCCUUGCAAGACACACUGCGCCUACUAACGCUCUGGUUUGACUAUGGCCCAUAUUCAGAAAUUUAUGACGCACUGCUCACUGGCAUGAAGACGAUCGAGAUCAAUACUUGGUUGCAGGUGAUACCACAGCUUAUUGCGCGCAUCGACACGCACCGCAAGCUGGUCAAUCAGUUAAUACAUCAUCUGCUCAUCGACAUAGGCAAAUACCACCCACAAGCACUCGUCUACCCACUGACUGUGGCUUCCAAAUCGGCAUCGGUGGCGCUUGUCGAGCAGGCGAUGAUGUGCAGUGAGGAACUGAUACGCGUUGCCAUACUUUGGCACGAACAGUGGCAUGAGGGACUAGAAGAGGCGUCACGUCUUUACUUUGGUGAUCGCAAUGUGAAGGGCAUGUUUGAUAUACUCGAGCCGUUGCACGCGCUGCACGAACGCGGACCACGGACGCUGAAGGAGGCAUCCUUCUCGCAGGCUUACGGUCGUGAACUAACCGAAGCGUACGAGUGGACACAACGUUACAAGACUUCUUCUGCACUGAUGGAUUUGGAUCACGCUUGGGACAUCUAUUAUCACGUUUUCCAAAAAAAUACACGCCAAUUGCCACAGCUGACCUCACUCGAACUGCCCUAUGUAUCGCCCAAAUUGCUGGCAUGCAAGAAUCUGGAAUUGGCUGUGCCCGGCUCCUAUAAUCCCAAUCAGGAAUUGAUACGCAUCGACUACAUUAAAACCAAUCUGCAGGUGAUCACUUCAAAGCAGCGUCCACGUAAGCUUUGUCUGCGUGGCUCCAACGGCAAAGAUUAUAUGUAUCUGCUGAAGGGCCACGAGGAUUUGCAUCAAGAUGAGCGUGUCAUGCAACUUUUCUCGCUGGUCAAUACACUUUUACUCGACGAUCCAGACACGUUCCGUCGCAAUCUGGCCAUACAACGUUAUGCCGUCAUACCAUUGAGCACCAACUCUGGUCUCAUCGGUUGGGUGCCACAUUGCGACACCUUACACACGCUAAUACGAGACUACCGCGACAAGCGAAAGAUGCCGCUCAAUCAGGAGCAUCGUCUCAUGUUGAGCGUCUCGCCCGACUAUGAUUAUUUGACCUUAAUGCAAAAAGUUGAGGUGUUUGAGGGCGCGCUAGCGCAAACGCAUGACGAUGAUCUCGCAAAAUUACUGUGGCUAAAGUCACCAUCGUCGGAGGUGUGGUUCGAGCGACGUACAAACUAUACACGUUCACUCGCCGUCAUGUCCAUGGUAGGCUACAUACUCGGCCUAGGCGAUCGCCAUCCCUCCAAUCUGAUGUUGGAUCGCAUGAGUGGCAAAAUACUGCACAUAGAUUUCGGUGAUUGCUUUGAGGUUGCAAUGACGCGCGAAAAAUUCCCCGUAAAGAUACCUUUCCGCCUGACGCGCAUGCUUAUCAAGGCUAUGGAAGUGACGGGUAUCGAGGGUACAUAUCGACGCACUUGCGAGAGUGUCAUGUUGGUGUUGCGACGCAACAAAGAUUCGCUUAUGGCUGUGCUGGAGGCAUUCGUCUAUGACCCGCUGAUAAAUUGGCGUUUGCUGGAUAUGGACAAAAAUCUUCGUUCCAAAUCAAAUAAUGAUCCAGGUGGUUCGGGCAUGUUGGGUGGCGGUAAUGGCAGUCUUAGCAACUCAGUGGAAGAACCGUUGCUGCACAGUCAACUAAUGAGCGCCAAUCUGAUGGUAGGUGGGCCCAUGAUGGUGGCCGACAUAACAAACAGCAAAGCGAGCAAGGUCAUCAAACGCGUGAAGAGCAAAUUAAAUGGCACUGACUUCCAAACGCAGAAUAGUGUGGCGGUGCCACAGCAAGUGGAUCUGCUCAUACAACAGGCGACCAAUAAUGAAAACUUAUGCCAGUGUUUCAUUGGUUGGUGUCCAUUUUGGUAAGAAAUUAAAUGCGAAAAUCAUAGCAGAGAGAGGACAGAAGGCAAAAGUGUGAGAUAGUACAUAGAUGUGUGUCACAAUUACACGAAAGUGAAUUUUACAUAAGUGAGAAUAUAGCUUAAUGCAACAGGCUGUUAUUGAAGAACGCGUUUUGUUGCACGCUUUAAUUUGUUUUAGAGAAGAUAAGCUGCUUAAUCGUCGCUCAAAGAGCUGUAAGUACAGGAAAAUACUUCCUCAUAAUAUGCAGCGCAAUGAAAACAGCUUCACAUACAAUCGCCGGUCGGAG